AUGUCGUGCGUGGACCCUGGAGUGUUCACAGGUGCUUCAAAUGAAAAUUUUGAAGAGUUUGUGAGAAGAUUCAGGAGAAAGUAUGAAGAAUGUAUAGGAUGCGAAGCAGCUCCUAUAGAGAUCCUUGGGGAUGAUCAUCUUGGGAGUCGAGCGAAGAAUGACCAAGGAAUACAGCCUGGACGUGGUCUCAAGAGAAUUGGCCAGGCCAACCCAGAUUGUAAGCUGGAAGAUCGUUCACUAGAAUACGCGCAGAUCCUGCUCGAUAAUCUCAGCGUGUGGCCGGAACAUUUCCAACUGUAG